AUGGAAUCUGGACCCACAAUGUUGGCCCCCAUUUGCCUGGUGGAAAACAACAAUGACAAACUGUUGGUGAACCAGCAAGCUAUACAGAUUCUUGAAAAGAUUUCUCAGCCAGUGGUGGUGGUGGCCAUUGUAGGACUGUACCGUACAGGGAAAUCCUAUUUGAUGAACCAUCUGGCAGGACAGAAUCAUGGCUUCCCUCUGGGCUCCACGGUGCAGUCUGAAACCAAGGGCAUCUGGAUGUGGUGCGUGCCCCACCCCUCCAAGCCAAACCACACCCUGGUCCUUCUGGACACCGAGGGUCUGGGCGAUGUGGAAAAGGUAAGGCAGGGAGUCAUAGGCAGGUUCUUUUUAUUCCAGACAUGAUCCUUGUAAUUUAAUUGUUGUGAUACAUUUGUGAAAACUAGAAAUCCAACUACAGUG